CUUUCCUCCAAGCUGGUCAGGUUGGAUAAAUCACAGUGCAACAUGAUUACAUCAUAACGCUUUUUAAAAAUUAAUUUAGCACGAGUAGCUUGAACAGAUUUUAAUUUCUCUUUUUGGCAUGUCAGGUAUCAGUGGAUAGAGUUAAACGAUUACACUUUUUGGUGUAGAAAUGUCUCCAGUAACGUAAGAAUCGUUUUAAGAUUUGAACGCGGAUAAAUUAAGAAUUCGACUUUGUGAGCCAGCGAAGCGCCUCCUGGAGGAAGGAAGCGUCUUGUCUCAUAACUUGUGUUUUGAGUGCCUCCCAAUCUAAGAAUAUCGCAUGUUUAUGCUAACAUAAACGUAAACGUACUGAGACAGAGCGACAGCAAUAAGUACUGAAAUACUGUAGAGUUUACAGUGACUACAAGGUGUGUGCUAUCCGAUCUAAUGGAGUCAGAAAGUGCGGAUGUGGUGCAGUCAUUGGGGCCUGGGGAUGAACCAGCCUCUUCAUCCGUGUCAGCUGACACUGAAAAUUUAAGCCAAAAUACAGAGAUUAGCUGUAAGGACACUUCACAGAAGUACAGCCAGGUGCAGCAACUGUGUCGCUUCUACUCUCAGGGCAGACGAUGCUAUUAUGGGAAAAGGUGCCGCUUUCUUCAUCAAAGACCUGCGAGUGCACAGAAAGAUGAAGAGAAUGGUCCAACUCUCAAAGAGAAAGAAGGAAAUUUGGAAGGUCUCCCAUCAGACCCACAGCAGCAGACGGGUGAAAAUGGACAGUCUGGUACAGAGGAGCUUCCACCUCCAUCCAGCCACAGAACUGCACCUGUGAAGCAAGAGAGAGCCAGACGACCCUGCCGCUACUUCCUGUCUGGGUUUUGUGCAAUGGAGGACCGGUGUCGCUUCUUUCAUCCACAGCAAUUUCCACCUGUUGAGGACCAGCCUCACGGCCCGAAAGAGAGGAGCAACUUCAGGCCUUUUGCUCCGACCCCACGACCAGCUAAAAGUCAAGAGCAGGUCAAACUAGCUGAUCUCACAGAUGAGGUCUGCAAGCAGCUUAGAGCCACCGAGAUCGCUCAGCUCACAAAGAGAUUUCCGAAAGACAAACUCAUCGUGCAGGAGCGAGAAGAUGGACAGCUAACCUACUAUAGACUCACGGUUCAAGCCACGGACCCUGACUGGCCAUUUGAUCUUAAUGAAGUGGACAUCAUGGUCAGCUUUCCUGAGCGUUACCCUCAAGAGGUUUUCACUGUGGAUAUCCCUGAAGACCAGGACUUACCAUCAGUCAUGGGGAGAUAUGUGCAGAGUUCCUCAGAAGGAUGGCUGAAGGCUAAACAUGCCACUAAUCAGCUGAUGGGAAGAGUCGAGCUGCUCUUUAGGCCAUACUUGCGCUGGCUGGACCGUAGUAUGGAGAAACUCUUCACUGAGGGAGCCAGGCAGUUGAAGAAAGAUGUUGACCUAGAGCGGGCUGGAAUACAGUUUGUUCCCUAUGAGCAAAUCAAGGUCACCGUUUUUAAGAACACAUCCAAGAAAUCAGACACUCCUGAGCGUAUAGUGUCACUCACUGUGGCUUCAGGAGAGGAUGGGGAGGAAAAAGAGCUUGAUGAAGCUGGAGCAGAGAAUGAGGAGGAAGAGGAUGAGACUGCUUUUGGUAGUGAUGGAGAAAAAGGCAGCCAGAGGGUGGAGAACAUAAAAACAAGAGAGCGACGGAGAGGCACUGAAAUCAAACUGCUGGGUUUGAAACUGGGAGAACAAAUAGCAACUGUGGCAGCUAAACAGAUCUCAGUGUCCCUGAAGUGCAACAGGUGUAAAGUUGAUUCUGACCUGAUCCUGACGGGUCAUCGGGACUGUACUGCUCAGUGUGAGAAGUGUCAAGCAGGGAUCAGAGCUGCCUUCAGACCCAGUAUGCUGCACCACUACAGUGAUGUUUUGGGCUACUUGGACCUUAACGCAGUUGCACCUGUUGAUCUGGUUUUGAAGGACUCUGUGUUCAGUGUGGGUUGCCUUAACUGCAACAAGGAGGACACAGUUCAGAAUCUCACUUAUGGGCAAAACUGGGAGCAAAACUGCCUACAUUGUCAUACCAAACUCAGCAUUUUUGUGGAGGCGACACUUUUUCAGUUCAUUCAGCCAGAGCCCAGAAAUCAGACAGGUGCAGCUGCCCAAUACUCUCGACACUACAGAGACCCUGCGGUUCAGCAAGGGAAACCUCUACCCGAUAAAGGGGCCUGCAGGCAUUUCAAACAAAGUCAGCGGUGGCUAAGAUUUCCGUGCUGUGGUCGGGCGUACCCAUGUGACGUGUGCCAUGAUGAAGAUCAGGACCAUCCCAUGGAGCUGGCCACAAGAAUGAUCUGCGGUUAUUGUGCCAAAGAGCAGCCAUUCAACAAUGGUAAACCAUGCAUUAGUUGUGGAGGUAUGAUGACAAGAACGGCCUUCACAAGCCACUGGGAGGGCGGACAUGGCUGUAGAAACAAGGUUAAGAUGAGCAGGAACGACCGGCAAAAAUACGCCAAUACAUGUAAAACAGUGGCAAAGAAAAAUAAUAAAGAAAAAAGUAAUUAAGGAUGCCAAGGGGUCUUAUAUCAGAUGAGACAUGGCCAGGUACUUAAACAUGUUUAAGUCAUCAGAUAACAUUUUUUUUUCCAAAUGAUUUCACAUACAUAUAUUCAGCAUAACUUGGAAACUGUUCCCACUCUUUAUACAUCUCCUUUUUUUUGUUUGCUAGUAGAAAAAAAACAUAUUACAUGUGCAUAAAUUCAAUACAGCUUUGUUUUUCGAUUGCUUACGAAUACCUGAAAUGAUGCUAGUCAUAUAGACUUCAGAAGUUUGCUAAAGGUUAAAAUCAUUAUGAUGUGAGAUUUUAUUAUUAUUUUUACUUAGUCACUGGACAUCUCUCUCUUAUUAAUUUCUUUUCAAAAUGCAACCGAUUCAAAUUAUGGAUACUUGUAAUAAGCAAAAUAUGGAAUGCAAAAUAUGUCUGUGCAUUUUCUAUGAUCGCAAUUGAAAUAAAAUUAUGUACAAAAA